UUCCUCUAUCGCCCUUUUGCUAUAUUUGUUGUUUGCUUCCUUAUUCCCCAUUUCGAGAGCUCAAUCUCUCUCUCCUUCGCUCAUUUUUCCAUCUUCUCUUUGUUAUCUUUAACCCCUUUUCAUCACUUCCCUUCAUUCAUUUUCAUUUCCACAGAUAAGGUUUUAAUCAGUCUGUUGAAAAGAUGGAGAUUACUAAUGUCACCGAGUAUGAGGCUAUUGCAAAGGAGAAAUUGCCCAAGAUGGUUUAUGACUACUAUGCAUCUGGCGCAGAGGACCAGUGGACCCUGAAGGAGAAUCGAAAUGCAUUUUCCAGGAUUUUGUUCCGUCCCCGUAUUCUUAUUGAUGUGAGUAAGAUAGACAUGUCAACAACUGUGUUGGGAUUCAAAAUUUCAAUGCCUAUUAUGAUUGCUCCGACUGCCAUGCAAAAGAUGGCUCACCCUGAAGGGGAGUAUGCCACAGCCAGAGCAGCGUCUGCAGCAGGCACAAUUAUGACUCUUUCCUCAUGGGCUACUUCCAGCGUGGAAGAAGUUGCUUCCACUGGACCUGGCAUUCGGUUCUUCCAGCUAUAUGUGUACAAGGAUAGGAAUGUUGUGGCACAACUUGUGAGAAGAGCUGAAAGGGCUGGUUUCAAAGCCAUUGCCCUGACUGUGGACACUCCAAGGCUUGGUCGCAGGGAAGCUGAUAUCAAGAACAGAUUUACUUUGCCACCAUUUUUGACAUUGAAGAACUUUGAGGGGUUGGAUCUUGGUAAAAUGGACAAGGCAGAUGACUCUGGACUGGCCUCAUAUGUUGCGGGGCAGAUUGACCGUACUCUCAGUUGGCAGGAUGUGAAGUGGUUGCAGACCAUCACCAAGUUGCCAAUUCUAGUGAAGGGUGUGCUUACUGCUGAGGACACAAGGAUUGCCAUUCAAAGUGGAGCUGCUGGAGUAAUUGUUUCAAAUCAUGGAGCUCGCCAACUUGACUAUGUCCCUGCAACCAUUAUAGCUUUGGAAGAGGUUGUUAAAGCUGCUAGAGGUGAAGUUCCUGUUUUCCUGGACGGUGGUGUUCGACGUGGAACAGAUGUUUUCAAAGCAUUGGCACUUGGAGCAUCUGGCAUAUUUAUUGGGAGGCCAGUGGUGUUCUCUUUGGCAGCAGAGGGCGAGGCCGGUGUGAGGAAAGUGCUUCAGAUGUUGCGUGACGAGUUUGAGCUGACCAUGGCAUUGAGUGGCUGCCGCUCACUUCAGGAGAUCACCCGCAGCCACAUUGUGGCCGACUGGGACACUCCUCGCAUCGUGCCGAGGCUAUGAGAUGUUGCAUUGUGUGUGCAACAAACACCAUUUAGCAGUCUUGAAUUCUUGGGGUUGUGAUAUAUAGCAUAUGAAUGAUUUUCUGUUAAUGAUAAAUUAUGUAAUGUCUUCUUGAAUGGGAUAUUACAUUCAUCCUAUAUUGUUUCUGUUGCCAGCAUUGAUGAUAUGUUACUGAAGUUGACAACUGAAUGUCUUUUUGGUUGCUGGUACAGGUGGUAAAAAGGAAAAAUGGAAAGAAAGGUAUUUUGAUAUUCCAA